CAAAAGACUUGUUUAUUUUAUACUUUGCCACCAUGGCAUCAACUUUCAGUUUCCUGUUCUUUGUUACAAUUAUUUUUGCAACAAACUGUAAAGUCACGAUUGAGGAUUUGGAGCCACUUGAAACCGGCCUUCGUGAAUAUUUCCAAACGGGUCAAACCACUGACGAGUUUCUGGAAACUUUACAUUCGUACGAAUUUCCUUAUUUGCUUCGCGAUGGCAUGGAACAAGUCUACGACAGUGCCACAGUUUGCUACAUGUGUAGUUUAGUCGUUGAUUUUGUGAUCAAUCAACGAAAAAAUGCAGGCGUUAGUCGUGAAACCAUCCUCGAUGAGGCUACUUUUUUAUGCACUGAAUUGAAAAUGGAGUCUGAGAGGGUUUGUAAGGGUGAAAUGGAGCUCAAUAUUGAUAUUUUCUUGUACACAAUUGACAAUUACCCAAACUUUACUUCGAAUCGAGUUUGUGGUGGGUUCCUCCAAGCCCACAAUUGUGACACUGGUGAUGCUUUUGAAUGGACUAUUAACAUCCCGUCUGGUAAUUCACCCGAACGUCCAAAACCUAGUGGAACAGAUAGUUUCACUAUUUUACAACUUAGUGAUAUUCACUAUGAUCCUAAAUAUACUCCUAAUGGGAAUGCUGUGUGUGGCGAACCUAUUUGUUGCCAACCGGACCAAGGAGAGCCUUCAAGUCCCGAAAAUGCUUGUGGGUACUGGACUGAUUAUAGAUUAGGUGAUAGUCCGUGGUAUCUAGUAGAGGAAACAAUUAGACAAACAAAAACCCAGCAAAUUGAUUAUGUUUAUUACACUGGUGAUAUCAUUGCCCACCGAAUUUGGGAAACAAGCAUUGAAAGCAACACGGAUGCUAUAAGCAAAUUGUAUUCAUUUUUUAAGGAUAGUUACAACGUCCCGGUUUAUCCCAUUUUUGGUAAUCAUGAAUCCCAUCCUCAUAACGUGUGGCCUUAUGAUAAUGUUAAUGAUAAAUUGAGUAUGAAAUGGUUGUUUGAGCUUGCGGCUAAACACUGGUCCGACUUAAUAGGUGAAGAUGUUAGCGAAACGGUUUUAAAAGGUGGUUAUUAUACCGUGAGUCCACGUCCUGGAUUCAGGAUUAUUGGUAUUAACAGUAACGUUGCUUAUACCGACAAUUGGUGGUUGAUGUACGAUGACUUUGACCCGUAUGGGCAAUUGCAAUGGUUAAGUGACACUCUUAAAAAAGCGGAACAUAAUAACGAAAGUGUCCAUAUACUGACCCAUGUCCCGACUGGUACUUAUUACAGUUUAAAGGUCUGGAACCGCGAAUAUACAAAAAUCCUUGAACGAUUUGCUAAUACCAUUACUGGGCAUUUUAAUGGGCACACCCACAGAGACGAGUUUGCUGUCUAUUACAACAGUUCAAACCCGACUCAAGCAAUUGGAGCUGUUUUUAACGGAGCUUCCGUAACUCCGUACUACCUUGCAAAUCCAAGUUUCAAAUACUACCAAGUUGACGAAACUACUUUUGACUUGCUAAAUUACGAAGAGUGGACAUUUAAUUUAACUCUUGCAAACUCUUAUGGUUCCUCAAAGUUACCAGAAUGGUACAAACUGUACAACUUUGUUGAAGCUUAUGGUGUCAAUAGUUUGCUACCGUCAGAGGUUGAUAAAGUUUUGUAUAAAAUGGUCCAAGACCAUUCCAUCCUUGAUGAUUAUUUCAAGUUUAAGUAUCGUAACGGUGACCCUGGUAUUAAAAAUGGAUGCGAUGAUACCUGUAAAAAAACUUUGCUCUGUAAUAUUGUAACAACAGUGUAUGGUGAAAAUGAGCAGUGUGAGCGUUUCAUGGAUUUGUACGACCAAUAAUAAAUAGUAAAAAUUAAAUUUUAAAGUACA